AGAUUUCAUCAGGCUCUGCCACAGAAACACCCCUGACUGUGAUCCCUUGUGCUCACCCCAUCCUCGCCCUGUUUUCUGAACUCUGUGAAGGGCCCGAAGAACUCUUCCACUGGCCCCCAAGAAGUGGGAUGCAUGACCCUGCACAUUCCCUUUCAGGAAAACAAAUACUGUGCUUUUGGGGGUGCGGGUAGGGCGGCCUUUUUAGAGUCAAAAAACGGAGCGGCCGCUUUAAGAGGAGUGAGUGGGUUGGGGGCUGGUGCCUGGGGUCACGUGGCAGAAGUGGCCUCGUUGGCUCCAGUUGAUGAUGUCGCCGCGGUGCCCCAAGGAGGGAUUGGCCCAGGCCAGUCUCUGAGAGAUGAGACCGCACCCUCCCGGGAACCAGGCGGAAGUUGCAGGAAGCCGCGGAGAAGAGGGAAGAAGGAGAAGGGGCCAACCCCUGAAGAGGCAAUACAGAAACUGAAGGAGACAGAGAAGAUAUUGAUCAAGAAACAGGAGUUUCUGGAGCAGAAAAUUCAACACGAGCUACAAAUGGCCAAGAAGCAUGGGACCAAGAAUAAGAGAGCCGCCCUACAGGCUUUGCGGAGGAAGAAAAGAUUCGAACAGCAGCUGGCACAAACCGAUGGGACAUUGUCUACCCUGGAGUUUCAGCGUGAGGCCAUUGAGAAUGCUACCACCAAUGCAGAAGUGCUUCGGACCAUGGAGCUUGCUGCCCAAGGCAUGAAGAAGGCCUACCAGGACAUGGACAUUGACAAGGUGGAUGAACUGAUGGCCGACAUUACAGAACAACAGGAGGUGGCCCAGCAGAUCUCAGAUGCCAUUUCUCGGCCAGUGGGCUUUGAUGUAGAUGAGGAUGAACUGUUGGAGGAGCUAGAGAGGCUGGAGCAGGAGGAAUUGGCCCAGGAGUUGUUAGAAGUAGGCGACAAGGAGGAAGAACCUCCCAUCAAACUGCCCAGUGUACCCUCCGCACAUCUGCCUGAAGGGCCAGCUCCCAAAGCGGAUGAAGAUGAAGAAGCACUAAAGCAGUUGGCUGAGUGGGUAUCCUGAUGAGUCUGGGCUUGUUUUCCUGGCACUGCCUUCAUUGGUCUCUUUUCCUUAAGUGCCAAGUGCUAAGCUAAAGGAACACAGCCUUUUGGAGAGGUCCUGCUGAGGGUGAUAGUGACCCUGCCUGAAAAAGGGUUGUUGCCCUCCCCUCCCUGGCUCAACUCUGAACGAGAAUGUUGGUGCAAGAGGAGCCCCUUGGCUCCCUUCUCUUUGAUAACAAUAACGGUGCCCUUGUUCCCAAUAAAAUCAGGCAGAUGGAACCCUAGUGUUUAUACUGCCUCAUCUACACCUGAAA